AUGGCAGUUCUACGAGUAAAAUUCACCAAGAGCAAAAGGGACAAACUGGCCCAAGUGUUGUGGAUCUUAAACUGGGUGUCAGUUAUGAUGGGUCUGGUUUUGAUCAGCUUGGGAAUUUUUCUGAAAAUGGAGAUCAGGAAACGCAGCAAAGUGAUGGCCAGCCAAGGGACGGAUUCUGUGCCGAACAUGCUGAUAGCUGUGGGAGCCAUUGCCUGUGGCAUCAAUUUCCUUGGGGGCAAGAUCUGCCAUGAUUGUUCGGACAACAACAGGUUCACCCGUUGGAGGCUGGUCAUCCUUCCUUACAUCAUCUGCACCUUUUUCUUCACCUUCUGCAUCCUUGUUGGCGCCUUGAUGUGCUACACAAUGAGGAGCACGCUGGAGGAAUCACUCUAUCUGGGCCUAAAGCAAGCCAUGAGCUUUUACAAGGACACCGAUGCACCGGGAUGGUGCUUCAUGAAGACGACCAUGGAUGAGCUGCAUUUUGAGUUCCGCUGCUGUGGGAACAACGGUUUUAGAGACUGGUUUGAGAUCCAGUGGAUCAGCACACGCUAUUUGGACAUGAACUCAAAAGAUGUUCAGGACCGUUUGAAGAGUAACGUGAAUGGGAAGUACUUGUUGGACGGUAUUCCCUUCAGUUGCUGCAACUACAACUCUCCCCGCCCUUGUAUCCAACGUCAACUCACCAACAACACCGCUCAUUACAACUAUGACUACGUGACAGAAGAGCUCAACCACUGGACAACAGGUUGCAGACAGGCACUGUUGGAUUAUUACACCCAGAUCAUGCAAUCCAUAGGAUUCUCUGUGCUCAUCAUUUGGCUUUUUGAGGUUUCAGUUCUCAUUGGUGUCAGGUACCUCCAGACUGCAAUGGAAAAUGUCUUCCUUCAAGAUGACCCUGAGUGUGAGUCAGAGGGCUGGCUACUGGAGAACGACUUUGUAGAAAAAGCCAAAGCAAAUUUCAACAUCACCAAAAACCUGCACAAGGUUGAUCAGAUAUCCACCAUCUCGGGAGUGGAAGAUCCCAAUUUGGAUGUUAAAAAAGCUGCGUAUGGACCUGACAACAUUCCACUCAAAGCCUUCCCCAUUGCCAGUUAA